CAUCAAGACGGUUUGUACCCUUCCCAUGUUUACAACCGACGACGAUUUAUGGAACGUGUUUUCAAAAUUCGUCAUCAGUCAGAAAAACGAUUUGGAUUCCAUGAGCAGCAUUGUCGAAAGUAUGUGUGCAUAUCCAGCCAUUUGGGAACAACCACACGUGUACGCAAGCGGUGUGCGGAGUGUGAAUGCGCAAGUUCCUUGGGACUUUCUGAAGGAAUUUUUGACUAAUAUUUUUUUUUCGUGUAAAAAUGAGGGUAAUCAACUGGACACUUCUUUACUCGAAGCUUCUUUUUUCUUUUACGUCAUUUAUAGUGUAAUUCGAUACAGUGAUCCCAUGGAUUGUACCUUUAUUAUCGAAUGCACAAAUGUACAAGUAUUGGCAGAAUUCUAUUUGAGGAUGCGACCUAUACUAAAUCCCUUUAACAUGAAGCUGAAUACUCCAGCUUCCUUAUUUAUGGUGAGGCAUAACAUAAAGUCUAUCGUCGAUUCAAACUUUGGCACUGUCAAUGAGAACAUGAAACAUGCACAAGAAGGCAAACGCACUGCUGUGGGGUUCGCUCACGUUGCAAGGCAUACUAUUACAAAUCCAAAAACCUCUAAUAGAGGAAAUAAAAAAAGUUUCAUAUUUCAUCUUACGAAUUUUUGGGAAUCUGGUCAAGACGAAGCCUUUGCCAAUAGGUUCUUGCACCCACAAAUCUUCAUUGAUAUAAUGAGUACUCUUAUGAGUAUUUAUACUAAUACAAACGUUGAAGACAUUACGGACACUCGUCUACAUAUGUGGUCUAAACAAUGUCUUAGUGAAGUACUUAAUUCAAUCCGUAUAUUCACGAGAAUAAUGCCAUCAAGCAACAAUUGUGUCGCCGCUGCUGCUGCUGCUGCUGCUGUUAAAAGCAAUGAGAAGGAAACACCUCAAACUUCUGCUGCAAUACAAGUGUCAACGGACGAUCCAGAGGAUCAGGUUUUUCAAGAUGUGCGAGAUCGCAUUAACCAAUUGACAGAAUCUUCGGAUCCCUGGGGAGGAUGUGACGAAGACAUGGCAUGGACAUCGAGAAUCGACAACGCUUCGAAUGAAAAACCAAUGCUGGGGGUAGGGGGUUCCGAAGAGGAAAAAGAAGGGCUCGAUAAGCCGACCGAACAUGGUGUUGACAACGCAGUAGAAGAUGGCAAGGAAUAUCAGGCUGCGAUUACCCAAGUUCGCAAAGACAACGAAGAAGAGUGCAUAACACAAGUUGUAAAAAGCUAUGACGGACAACCGAUAUGCCAGGAAGAGUCCCAAUAUCAUGGAAGCGAAAGAGCGCUUAUUGGUAACGAUGGCAUAGUUAUUCAAGAUUGCCAAUACGAUAAAGAGUGUGAUAUACAAUUCAUGACUAAUGGGGAAGAAGAAAUGUGUGACAAACAUAAGCGCUACUCUGAAGCAGGCGCUUGUGACAACGUUGAACUCUAUGAUAAAGUUAAUGGAGAUAUCGACGACCGACCAGCACCCCCUUUGGUGGACGAGGUGUCCUGGCAACCACCACUCAAUCUUGACGAUGUUCUGAAACAAUCCAUUGCCGAGUGUGAUUUACCUUGCAAUGAAGAUGUCGGCUGUAACGAAGAUGCACCCUGCAUGCAAGGUCGAAUCAAUUUUGACGAGAUCUAUUUACGUACACCAUGUCCUAGCUCGUCAAAAGAACCUGGUACAUCGAUUAUCAACAGGGUGGCUAUUAAUAACGUAUGCAAGCGAAGAUUAGCAGAAGAAUUAUUUCAAGGUAUCCAUACAGACUCUGAGUUUAAUUUUGACCCUUGAUUACUAAAGAGAGGAUGAACAAGUCUUAUAUUGAAGAUCUAAUCAAAUACGGUUUUGAUAGUAAUGACAGUAUUGACGAUUGUUUAUCACAAUCGUCAAUAUAUGAUACAUUAAUUGACGAUAGCGUCUAUAGUGAUACUUAUUGUGACAAUGCGGACGAUGAUAAUGACAAUACAUCGUAUUAUAAUCGAGUCAAGAAUGAUGAUGAUAUUAUGAUAUUAUGAUAUUACGACUGUUGGGUCAAAUGUGGAAUUAUUCACUGUGAUUUAAAAGAAGCAAAUAUACUCAUCAAUAAAGAAACAAUGGCAAUUACCAUUUUAGAUUUCGAUUUUGCAGUAGAGUGUUCAAAACGUCUUAGGAGAACAUACGCAGGAACACCACUUUAUGCGCCACCAGAAUGGUAUAUAAAUGGUAUAUAUUACCCCGAGAGUACCGUCGUAUGGACUCUAGGCGUUAUACUCUGGAAGCUAUUGUUCAGAAAAAGCCCUUUCAAGACAACGAAAGACAUUAGGAAAUUCGAAACUUUAGAAACCAUUGACCCUUUUGAAACAGAGAAACUGUUAUAUUCUUCAAAUGUUAUUUCUUUGUUAACGUCACUCAUGAGGAAAAAAAUAAACGAAAGGCCCGGUAUAGACGUACUUCACAAGUUAGCGCUAAGUCUUUGACAAGAACAAUUGUACGUUUUGAAAUAAAGUGUUUCAAUAAUCAAAAAAAACACACACAAAAAAUAUCUUGUGGAGGGUAUUGCUCUUAAAAACGUAUGACAUUUAAUUAUUACAUUUUCUUUCGUAUUCCUUCACAUUUCUAUACAAUAUACAUAUAGACUUUUCUUUGCGUUAUUGUUAUUGUAAAGAAAAAAUAGAGUGUGUGGAGUGGUAUAUAAAAAAGACCCACCCCCAAAAAAGAGAGUGUGGGGGUGUGUAUAUGUUGUCUAUACGAAGUUUACGUGCUUUUUUUGUGUAUGUGUGUGUCUGUGUGCGUCUGGGUGUUGGUAGAAUGAAAGAAAGAAGAUAUUGGAUGAGAGUGUACCAUGCUCUCCGAUUGGAUGGGUACGUUAAUAAAACAAUAUUUAUCCCUUCCAAAAGCAUUUGUUUAUAUUGUGGCUGUUAUUUUUUUUUCGUAUAGUAACACGAGACGCUACGCAUAUUUGCCUAUAUAUAGGCCGUACAUGUAACUACGAAUAUCAGUCUACGAGAUGAACUUCCCUAAAAAGGAUCGUAAGCGUAAGAGUGACAGUUCGUUCGGCGCACGGACUUCUUCUUCUUCCGAGCCUAUAGCCGUACUCGUACCAUCGAAUACGUCGUUUUCAGAUUCACCGUCUAUGCAACUGCAAACUAAAAGUAAACGUCGUCGAAGAGGGAAUAGAAGUUCGUCGAUUGAUUUGAAUGAAGAAAAGGUUAAUUCAUUGUUUCUCAAGAAAAGAAGUUUGACGAGAUGUGCUAAGCAGUAUGGAAGCGUAUUGCCAAUCUUCGAAGAACUCCCAUCGGAUUGGGAUAUGCUAACUUUUAAAAUAGUGAUGCCUAACAACAUUAUAAAAGAUUUAAUUCAUUUAACAGUCUUUUAUUCGACUCAGGAUUUUAUACCAGCAAUAGAUACGUCCAUGUAUCUACCAUACAUGGAUGUUAAGUUAAUUAGAGAUCUUCAAGAAAGAUCCGUUGCUAAAAGUUUGAUGGUAGUGCUCAAGAAAACCAUCGAGAAGUUAGACUCGAAGAUAUUGUUGCCACUAAGAAAAGAUAUGGAUAGAAGCAAAUUAUUUUACUACCGCUCUGGGAAGAAUAUUUCAAUUCAACCUAAUGUUUUGCAACCCAUUAUAUUAGAGAGUAUUACAGUUAUGAAACCAGUAUGGAAUAUUGGUUUUAAUCUAUUCAAUGGAUAUACAUUACCGUAUUAUUAUCCGUACAAAUAUAUAGCCACCAAGACUCACCGACCCACUGUUGGGAACAGUGCUAUGCUCGAAUAUUUUAUGAUACCAGCAUUAACGUCGCAGGAGGUCCGAAACAACAUCAAGGAAUUCUUACACGAAACUCCAUCUGAUCAACAGGACGUUAUGGUGAAUCAAAUCGUAGAAAGCAUCAAGACGGUUUGUACCCUUCCCAUGUUUACAACCGACGACGAUUUAUGGAACGUGUUUUCAAAAUUCGUCAUCAGUCAGAAAAACGAUUUGGAUUCCAUGAGCAGCAUUGUCGAAAGUAUGUGUGCAUAUCCAGCCAUUUGGGAACAACCACACGUGUACGCAAGCGGUGUGCGGAGUGUGAAUGCGCAAGUUCCUUGGGACUUUCUGAAGGAAUUUUUGACUAAUAUUUUUUUUUCGUGUAAAAAUGAGGGUAAUCAACUGGACACUUCUUUACUCGAAGCUUCUUUUUUCUUUUACGUCAUUUAUAGUGUAAUUCGAUACAGUGAUCCCAUGGAUUGUACCUUUAUUAUCGAAUGCACAAAUGUACAAGUAUUGGCAGAAUUCUAUUUGAGGAUGCGACCUAUACUAAAUCCCUUUAACAUGAAGCUGAAUACUCCAGCUUCCUUAUUUAUGGUGAGGCAUAACAUAAAGUCUAUCGUCGAUUCAAACUUUGGCACUGUCAAUGAGAACAUGAAACAUGCACAAGAAGGCAAACGCACUGCUGUGGGGUUCGCUCACGUUGCAAGGCAUACUAUUACAAAUCCAAAAACCUCUAAUAGAGGAAAUAAAAAAAGUUUCAUAUUUCAUCUUACGAAUUUUUGGGAAUCUGGUCAAGACGAAGCCUUUGCCAAUAGGUUCUUGCACCCACAAAUCUUCAUUGAUAUAAUGAGUACUCUUAUGAGUAUUUAUACUAAUACAAACGUUGAAGACAUUACGGACACUCGUCUACAUAUGUGGUCUAAACAAUGUCUUAGUGAAGUACUUAAUUCAAUCCGUAUAUUCACGAGAAUAAUGCCAUCAAGCAACAAUUGUGUCGCCGCUGCUGCUGCUGCUGCUGCUGUUAAAAGCAAUGAGAAGGAAACACCUCAAACUUCUGCUGCAAUACAAGUGUCAACGGACGAUCCAGAGGAUCAGGUUUUUCAAGAUGUGCGAGAUCGCAUUAACCAAUUGACAGAAUCUUCGGAUCCCUGGGGAGGAUGUGACGAAGACAUGGCAUGGACAUCGAGAAUCGACAACGCUUCGAAUGAAAAACCAAUGCUGGGGGUAGGGGGUUCCGAAGAGGAAAAAGAAGGGCUCGAUAAGCCGACCGAACAUGGUGUUGACAACGCAGUAGAAGAUGGCAAGGAAUAUCAGGCUGCGAUUACCCAAGUUCGCAAAGACAACGAAGAAGAGUGCAUAACACAAGUUGUAAAAAGCUAUGACGGACAACCGAUAUGCCAGGAAGAGUCCCAAUAUCAUGGAAGCGAAAGAGCGCUUAUUGGUAACGAUGGCAUAGUUAUUCAAGAUUGCCAAUACGAUAAAGAGUGUGAUAUACAAUUCAUGACUAAUGGGGAAGAAGAAAUGUGUGACAAACAUAAGCGCUACUCUGAAGCAGGCGCUUGUGACAACGUUGAACUCUAUGAUAAAGUUAAUGGAGAUAUCGACGACCG